GCAAGGAGCUCGAGAAUAAUUCAUUCCCGGCGGGAUCCUUAUUCCUGGGGCGAACUCCGAGGCCAAUCAGAUCCCAGAGGCGAUUGCCAGAGACACUAUCGUGGUUUUCUUCUCAAGAAAAGGAGGAGCGCGAUUGGAUCCCGGUGUUUCUACUGGGUGAGAAUCGAUUUAAAUCGGAGAGAUCGCCUUCCAGUUGCGCUAAAGAUCUGUUCUUGGCCGUUGUCCAAUUGUUGGAUCGAAUUGAUUCAGAAAACCGCUACCCCGUGCGAAUUGAACUCUCUUGGGAUCAAUUUGAAGGAAAUUAAGAGAGCAAAGGCGCCUUGGGAAAUGGACGACAGGCGCGGAACACAAUUCUCGAUCCACCAGGCCUUUUCUACAGAGAUCUGAGCUCCUUGGAAGUGUUCUGUUCUGAUCACCACUGUUCUACAACUACUGGCGAGAGAUAAGAGCGCAAUGGGGAAAGGGGGAGGUUGUGUUCCAAGCAAGAAGCGGCAGCCGGCGGUGGUCUCCAAUAGUGCGGCCGCCGUCCCGACGGAUGCUCCCGUUCCGACCGAGGAGAGGAGCCGAAGCAGCGCCGAGUUCGUCGAAGCCAUUGCGCGGCCACCGGCCAACCUCAAGCUCAAGGUCUUCAUCGUGUUCUACUCCAUGUACGGACACAUCGAGGGCCUGGCGAGGCGGAUGAAGAUUGGGGUGGACGGCAUUGAAGAUGUCGAAGGUGUCCUGUACCGCGUCCCUGAGACACUUCCACCGGAGGUCCUGGAGCAGAUGAAGGCUCCGCCGAAGGACCCGGCGAUUCCCGAGAUUUCCGCUGCGGAACUGGUUGAGGCAGAUGGGAUACUGUUUGGGUUCCCGACGAGGUUCGGGAGCAUGGCCGCGCAGAUGAAGGCGUUCUUUGAUUCCACAGGGCAGCUCUGGAGGGAGCAGAAGCUCGCUGGAAAGCCGGCCGGGUUUUUCGUGAGCACCGGGACUCAAGGGGGAGGGCAGGAAACUACUGCCUGGACUGCCAUUACCCAACUAGUGCACCAUGGAAUGAUCUUUGUUCCCAUUGGAUACACAUUUGGAGCUGGGAUGUUCAAGAUGGAUGAGAUUAGAGGUGGUUCCCCAUAUGGUGCUGGAGUUUUCGCGGGUGAUGGCACAAGAGAACCUGGUGAUAUGGAGCUUGCUCUUGCUGAGCACCAGGGAAAGUAUAUGGCUAAUGUAGUCAAGAGGUUGGCACACUAAUGAUUAAUCAUGCUCAUGAGCAAACUAAUUGUCUCAGUAAUGAAUUCAUGUGUAUCUUCUGGCUAAUUCCUUUUUCUCCAAACCCUCAUUGCCGCAUUUUUUUCAUCUCUCACCCUAAAUUUGUCCAAUCUUGGUUGUGCAUUUCCUUGGUCCUUUUUUUUUGUUGGUAGUGUAUAUCUGAAGUGAUGAGUGUAUGAUAGUUCUGUCCUCGGAAUGAUAAUUUGACAUUUGAGUUGCUGUAUUCACAGUCUAUUUUUUUUCGGUA